GAACUCCGCCAUAGGAGUGUUUACAUGUCGGAACAAAGUGUGGGGCCUGUUUCUGUGGGCGGGUUCGGUUCUGAGUGUUCGGAAUGAUAAAGACCGAUAAGAUUCUGCACCUGAAGAGCUGCCGGGGCCGGAAGGUUCGGGUGGUUCGGGAGCAUUACGUCAGGGAGCGGGUUCCCUGCUUCAGCGCUCGGUGUCAGGCGGACUGUCCGAACGAGGGAAAGGUUCUGUCUGCUGAUGUGACCCACUACGUGGUGCCAGAUGUGGAGGUGGUGGUCAACUUCCUGGAGGUUCUGGAGUUCAGGGAGCUGCAGGGCAUCGUCUUCACGCAGACCGCCUGCCAGGCUCUGCACAGUAAAGGACGCAGGUACUCCAGCCGUCUGAGGAACCUGCUGAAGGACCCUCGACACGACUGUGUGCUCUUUGCUAACGAGUUUCAGACGUAUUCAUACUGUCCACGAGAGAAAGGAGAGAGCCAGGAGGCGUGGCAGACCAGGUGUGUGUACUCUGCUGCAGUCUGGUACUACAACCACCUGGCUGGUCUGAUCAACGUUGUGAUGAUCACAGAAGACACAGACGCCGUGACGCAGUUCAGCAGCUUGAACUCUGGAGUGUUUGUCGUCUCGUUUCAGGACUAUUUGCAGAACUUCUGGCCGGACCUUCAUGCGGCUCAUGAGCUCUACAGCUCCAUCCGUCAGGCGCUGCAGGAGAAGGAGGCUGAGAACUCCCAGAGGGAGUUUCCAGAACAUCUUCCUGCUGAAGUCCUGGAGGCUGGAAUCAAAUCAGGACGCUACAUUCAGGGGACUGUACAUGUGAGCAAACAUCGAGCACAGAACCAAGCUCUUAUCGUCAGAGAGGGUUUGUCCAACAAGAACCCAGAUCUGGGUGCAGGGGUGCUGSUGUUUGGUUCUAAGAGCCGUAACAGGGCCGUUCAUGGUGACCUGGUCGCAGUGGAGCUGCUGCCACGGGACAAAUGGAGGGGGAAGGUCACGGCUCUGACUGAGGGACAGGGGGACGAGAAGACGGGGGAGGACAGCCAGAGUAAAGCCAUGCCCACAGGUCAGGUUGUGGGGAUCCUGCAGAGGAACUGGAGGGACUACGUGGUGACGUUCCCCUCCAGGGACAGGACUCUGUCUCAGAGCAGGAACUCCCAACGGAUCCUGGCCAUACCCUGGGACAGACGCAUCCCAAAGAUCCGUCUGAGCACCCAGCAGGCUGACGCUCUGCAGAACCACAGGGUGGUGGUGCGUAUCGACUCGUGGGACAGCACGUCUCUCUAUCCUAACGGCCACAGUGUGCGGGUCCUGGGUCCAGCCGGAGACCUGGAGACUGAGAUCCAGACCAUCCUGACAGARAACUGCAUCCACGUGCCUCCGUUCUCCGAAGCUCAGCUCAGAGAACUGCCGGUGAACUCUCCAAAGAAGCCGUGGACGGUGGAUCCGGCUCAGGUGGCGCAGCGGCGCGACCUCAGGGACACUCACCUGGUGUUCAGCGUGGACCCGCAGGGCUGCGAGGACGUGGAUGACGCGCURUCGGUGCGCAGCCUCGCAGGUGGGCAGCUCCUGGAGCUGGGGGUCCACAUCGCCGACGUCACUCACUUCGUCCCGGAGGGGUCGCUGACCGACCUGGAGGCCAGGAGCAGGGCCACCACCUACUACCUGGCUGACCGCAGGUACGACAUGCUUCCAGCUGUGCUCAGCUCUGACCUGUGCUCGCUGCUGGGGGGCGUGGACAGGUAUGCCAUGAGCGUGGUGUGGGAGCUGGACGCUCAGACCCUGGACGUCACCCAGGUGUGGUUCGGUCGCACGCUGAUCCGCUCCUCCUACCAGCUGCACUACGAGCUGGCCCAGGCGCUGCUGAACGGGGAGGAGGCCCAGGUACCAGAGCUGGCCCGGCUCGACCCCGAGGAGAGGAGCGUCAAGCUGGCUGAGCUCAUCGAGGCGCUGGAGACGCUGACCCGCGUGGCGAGGCACCUGCGGGCUCAGAGGGACCGAGGAGGAGCGCUGGAGCUGGAGGGGGUGGAGGUGAGAGCUCAGCUGGACGAGGACAGGAACAUCACGGCGCUGGUCCCCAGGCUGCCCCUGGAGGUCCACGAGACCGUGGCAGAGUGCAUGAUCUACGCCAACCACUGGGUGGCCCGCAGGAUCCAGGAAGCCUUUCCACAUCAGGCCCUGCUGAGGCGCCACCCGCCCCCCCGACAGGAAAUGUUCAGCCAGCUGGUGGAGACGGCCAAGGCGGGGGGCUUCAGCAUCGACACCAGGACUAACAAGGCCUUAGCCGAGUCUUUGGACCGGGCYGUGGACCUCCAGGACACGCUGGUGAACCGGCUGCUCAGAAUGAUGGCCACCCGGGCCAUGUCCCAGGCCCUGUACUUCUGCACUGGUUCUGAGUCYGAGGACCAGUUCUAUCACUACGGUCUGGCUCUGGACCGGUACACCCACUUCACAUCACCGAUCCGUCGCUACGCCGACGUGGUGGUUCACCGCCUGCUGAGCGCGGCGCUGCAGGCUGAGGAGGGGGCGGGGCUUGUUAAAGGCAAUAAGGACAUGCAGGAAGUGGCUGAGCACAUCAACAGCAGGAACAGGGCAGCCAAGAGGGCCCAGAACUUGUCCGUGGGCGUGUUCCAGUGCCUCUUCUUCAAGGAGCGAGACCCUCAGAAUGACCCACGCUGCGUGUCCGACGCCAUCAUCUACGCCAUCCGAGACGACGGYGUGCUGGUGUUCGUCCCCGAGUACGGUGUGAGGGCUCCGGUCUGCKUGAAAAACAAAGACGGCCAGGUGGUGUCGGUGGGGGCCGACGGCAGCUGCGAGUGGCAGAGCGGCUCGGUCCGCCGGUACUCGGACCACAUCAGCACCAGCUCCAGCUGCGGCAGCGCCACCUUCAGGCUGUUCGAUCACAUCACUGUUCGUAUCUCUGUCCUCUCCACCAACUGCCACGCAGACACCCUGCACCUGGAGGUGGUCCGCAACAUGCCGCACCUCAGCGCAGCGCCUCGCCAGUCCUGCUCGCAGAACCAGAACCACAUGGUCCAGGAGGUGGUGCGGCUGGCCGAGGAGGCGCAGGAGAAGGCGACGCAGGAGAAACCCAGACUUUCCAAAGAGGAGAGGGAGUUCAGGCAGAGCAGGACCCCCAACCUGUACUCUCUCCUCCAGGAGGUCCGAGAGCUGGCCCUGAUGGACCUGGAGGUGGUCUCACAAACCUGUGCAACAACAACUUAGAGCAGGUCUGAGGCUCAGACAGGACUUCCUGUUUACUCCACAUCAACGUAAACAAACAAUCAGGACUUCCUGUUUGCUCCACAUCAACAAACAGAAUCAUUUCCAACAAGGACCGGACUGAGAAUGAUUCACAGCAUCGAACAUGUUUUGUUUUUAAAAUAAAUGGACGAGUGUGAAAAGAAUCAAVUUUAAAGAAGUUUUAAAGAUGGACGCUGUGAGUUGUUUAUUUAGUGACUUCAGAGGAGGCUGCAGAUGUUUGCAGACAGGAAGUUGUGUUAAAACUAAAUAAAAACAAAAACAUCCAUCA